CAAAAACAAAAAAGCCCAUAAAGAGAAAUGAGGAGUCAUGGAGUCCUAACAGCUAGUUUCCUUAUAAUCAACAUACUCAUGGCAAUGGCUUCUUCCCGUCUCUCCCUCUCUCGCUCGGUCCAUCCAAUCCUCAGACGACGCGCUCCGACGAAAGCCCUCUUUUGCCCUAUAAAAUCCCCCAAGUCUUUUCUCUGUCCCCUCUGGUCUUCCUCCUUCUCCUACUGCCUCUCCCACAAGUCAAAAACCACCUCCGCCACACUCUCUUUCUCGUCCUCCUCUUGCUGCUCGUCUCUCUCUGGUCCUCCUUCGAUGGCUGCUGCCGCUGUCGCCACUGCCACUGAUGCUGCUGUCGAUGAGGGUCUCCAGAACAACCCACUUCUGCAGGACUUCUACUUCCCACCCUUCGAUGUUGUCGAGGCCAAGCAUGUCCGACCUGGGAUUCGCGCUUUGUUGAAGAAACUGGAGAGUGAGUUAGAUGAAUUGGAGAGAACUGUUCAGCCAUCAUGGCCCAACUUGGUGGAACCUUUGGAGAAGAUUGUUGAUGGACUGACCAUCGUUUGGGGAGUUAUCAAUCAUCUUAAGGCUGUUAAAGAUAAUUCCGAACUCCGUGCUGCCAUUGAAGAAGUUCAGCCAGAAAAAGUUAAAUUUUUGCUUAGGUUGGGACAAAGCAAGCCAAUUUACAAUGCCUUUAAAGCUAUCAAAGAAUCCACCGACUGGCAUUCGCUGAGUGAAGCUCGCAAACGUAUAGUAGAGAACCAGAUAAAGGAAGCUAUUCUUAAUGGUGUUGCUCUUGAAGAUGCUAAAAGAGAGGAAUUCAACAAAAUUGAACAGGAGUUGGAAAGACUAUCUCAGAAGUUUGAUGAAAAUGUCCUGGAUGCCACAAAGAAGUUUGAGAAAUUAAUUUCUGAUAAAAAAGAAAUUGAAGGAUUGCCUGCUACAGCCCUUGGAUUGGCUGCACAGACAGCAGUAUCUAAGGGUCAUGAAAAUGCAACUGCCGAGAAUGGGCCAUGGAUAAUAACGCUGGAUGCCCCUAGUUUUAUGGCUGUCAUGCAACAUGCUCGAAACCGUAAUUUACGUGAAGAAGUCUACCGUGCAUAUGUAACCCGUGCCUCAAGUGGCGAUCUUGAUAAUACUCCAAUCAUUGAUCAAAUAAUAAAACUUAGAUUGGAAAAGGCUAAGCUCCUUGAUUACAAUAACUAUGCUGAGUUAAGCAUGGCAACAAAAAUGGCCACUGUUGAAAAGGCAGAAGAGCUCAUAGAAAGGCUUCGUAAAGCUUCUUGGGAUCCUGCAGUUCAAGAUAUGGAAGACCUUAUAAGUUUCUCUAAGAAACAAGGUGCAUUGGAAGCCAAUGAUUUGAGCCACUGGGACACCAGCUUUUGGAGCGAGAGGCUUCGUGAGUCAAAGUAUGAUAUCAAUGAGGAAGAAUUAAGGCCAUAUUUCUCAUUGCCAAAGGUCAUGGAUGGCCUUUUCAGCCUUGCGAACAAACUUUUUGGAAUAGAUAUUGAACCAGCUGACGGUCUCGCUGCUGUUUGGAAUAAUGAUGUUAAAUUUUAUUGCGUCAAAGAUUCAUCCGGUAGUCCAAUUGCGUACUUCUAUUUUGAUCCAUAUUCUCGUCCAUCUGAAAAAAGAGGAGGUGCAUGGAUGGAUGAGGUAGUUGCUCGAAGUCGAAUACUGUCAAGCAAUGGUACUUCUCCAAGGUUGCCCAUUGCCCACAUGGUGUGCAACCAGACACCACCAGUGGGUGACAAGCCAAGUCUCAUGACAUUCCGUGAGGUUGAGACUGUCUUUCAUGAAUUUGGCCAUGCCCUUCAGCAUAUGCUAACCAAACAGGACGAGGGCCUAGUUGCUGGGAUUCGUGGUAUAGAAUGGGAUGCUGUUGAGUUACCCUCUCAAUUCAUGGAAAACUGGUGUUACCACCGGGAUACUUUGAUGGGAAUUGCAAAGCACUAUGAAACUGGGGAGAAUCUUCCCGAAGAUGUAUAUUUGAAGCUGUGUGCAGCUAGGACGUUUCGUGCAGGCUCCCUUAGUCUUCGUCAGUUGAGAUUUGCAAGCGUAGAUUUGGAGCUGCACACAAGAUAUGUGCCUGGGGGAUCAGAAUCCGUUUAUGAUGUUGAUCAGAGGGUUUCGAGAAAAACCCAAGUGAUCCCUCCGCUGCCAGAGGAUAGGUUCCUUUGCGGUUUCAGCCAUAUAUUUGCAGGUGGUUAUGCAGCUGGAUAUUACAGCUACAAGUGGGCGGAGGUGCUAUCUGCGGAUGCUUUUUCAGCAUUUGAGGAUGCUGGCUUAGAAGACAGCAAGGCUGUUAAAGAAACAGGCCACAAGUUCCGGGAGACCAUUCUUGCUCUCGGGGGUGGAAAAGAUCCAUUGGAGGUUUUUGUGGCAUUCAGAGGACGUGAACCUUCACCGGAGCCAUUGCUCAGACAUAACGGCCUAUUACCAGUGACCAGCGCAGCGUGAAUUAUAAAAUGUUCAAUUGUUAUUCACCACCAUGGAUUGGGAAGAACUUAGCUUUUUAUUUUCAUCUGGAUUUUAAAGUUAUAUGAUAUAUCCUGCCUUUGGUGGCUGAAUUCAUGAUCAGAUAGUGAUCCUUAUGGUGUUUUGGCAAUUGUUGGAUCCACUCAGAUAGAUGGGGUUUUCUUGAGCUCCACAAGCGCUAAAAAAUAAUAGAAUUCAUGCGUUAUGAUAAGAUGGCUUAGCUAGGUGAAGACAGCCUUAAAAAAUAA